AAUUGAUAGAGAGUCUGCAUUUAUUCUUUGGUAAUUCACGUUACAAAAACGGGGUUGCCUCAAUUUUUUUUAAAGGUUUGCUUGCUAUUGCCUAUUGCCAUUGCUAUGAGAAGAACGGAGCUUCAAGUGAUUUUCUUUCUCCCCCAGUCGGCCAAUCCCCUGCCUUGUUAAAGGACAGAUAUGAACAUCGUGCAAGCUCAAGCUCAACUUAGCAGCAUUCGUACGUGGUCGUGGGGUCGAUGAACUGGGAUUAGGAUUACUGUGUGGUUUGCAAUUUAGGCACUGAACAAGUUAAGGUAAAAUUCUCUCCCAUAAACGAUAAACCCCAGCAAGUAGGAAAAGAAGAAAUGGAAAAUUGCAGCUUGUGUUGUAAUUAGGUUUAUUGAAUAGGAAAAAGGAUAAGAAUUAGUUUUAUUGAAUUUGAAUGGAUGAUUACUUUUGUCUUGGAACUAGCUGAUAUAGUAGAGAGAGCAGAAGAGAUGUCAAUUUAAGUUGGAGAAACCGAUCCUUCAGCAUUCUGCUCCUGUAACUUGAAAAGGCUUACAGAGGCUUAAAGGUCCAUGAAAUUCUCUCUCUGUCUCUCUGUCUCUCUGUCUCUGAUCAAAAUAGAAGAAUAUAGAGCUUUUUAUGGGCCAGAGCAACCUCUUUUGGGAGCAAGAAGCCAUGAUUGAACGAAACUGUACCCACAAGAGCCUGGACGAGCAAAUGCUUAGCCCAGCACACGACGGCGACGGGUACCUACACGGUGACUAUUUAUGUUUCAUGAGUAAGCAUCAGUUUGGUUCUGUUCGUCCCGAGAACGAUUCCUUUCACGAAGGAUCAUCGACGGGCUCAAUUCCUUCUGAGGAGCCACAAUCCUUUGGUUCGCGUUCUGCUCUCGGGUCCCGGCAAAUGGUUGCAUUAAUGGAGCAGUCAGACAGGAUCACCACUCAAGACUCCCUCACAGAAUCUUCGGUGUACAGAGAGAUUGGGUACAACAACUGUUUCUUAAUUGAGCAAGAUAUGGAAAUUGUUUCCGGCCACUUGAUGGGUGGCAAAGACAAGCUAAAGGCUUGCCGGAGGUUGGGAGGAGAGCAGUACCAAUCAAAGAACCUCAUCACUGAAAGGAACAGAAGGAAUAAGAUUAAAUCUAAGCUCUUUGCACUACGGGCUCUGGUUCCCAAGAUUACCAAGAUGGAUAGAAUGUCAAUCCUCGGAGAUGCAAUUGAAUACAUACAAGAAUUACAGAACAACGUGAAGAAUCUGCAAGAUGAGCUCAUGUGCAGCCAAGAAAAAGAUGAAAGCAAAAGUAAUAUCCAACUAAACAUCCCAAAUCGGAGAGGAGGUGCAACAGAAAAGAUCAGAAGACAAGUCCAUGGAACCAGUUGUUCCUCUUCUACUAGGGAAAAUCACGACUUCUCCACUGUGAAUGACAUGGGACGACAACCAAUGGAGGUGGAAGUACACCAGAUAGACCCAAAUGAGUUCUUUGUGAGACUCUGCUGUGAGCAUAGACGAGGUUGGUUUAGGAGGUUGAUGGAGACCAUGAAUUCUUUGGGCCUUCAAGUUACUGAUGUCAAUGUUACUACAUUCAAAGGCAUGGUCUUGUGUAACCUCAAGUCCACUGAGGUAAAUCAUGGGGAGCUUCAAGCACAGCAUGUCAAGGAACUAUUACUGAAGAAGAUAUGCAACCCGACUUGAGGGUAAACGAAGAGAGGUCAGAAUUUGAAACAAAGGGCGCCUUAUAUGUACACCAUCAUAAAUCAUCAGAGUUAUUAGGUAGCAAAAUUUUGUGUUUUUUUCUUCCUCUUUCCUUUCUGGUAGCUUUUGAGUCCAACAAGUAGUUGUUUUUCCCAAGUCUAUUUAUUUUAACUUCACUCCUGCAUGUAAUGUAGACCUGCUAAAUUCCAUGGUUCGAUAUCUGAACGGUUAAAUUUCUGAGUGAAGUGUAAGAACAUAUUUGAUCGUACUA